AUGGAAGAGGUUGAUAGUAUUCUCUCCUGGCUCGCUGCUUUACCUUCUGAAACGAAAUCACCAGCAGCCCUCGAAGAACCCAUUCGAAAGCCUCCCAGUAAACGCCGUCGAGUCGAGCCUCUCACGCCAGAGGCCUCGAUAAUGUCUCAUAUUUCUCAACCAGGGAGUCCCUCUAAGCGGUCUAUAGAGGAUUACGCUCAUGAAGACCUGACACCUAAGCCUUUGCGUAACAAACGGCCCAAAAGUCUUCGAAGCGAAUCAAGCUGCUCACUCCCUGCGUCUCAGUCGCAGUAUCAUACAUCCACCAAGUCUGGGCAGUCAUCACCUCUGCGAGACCUCAAUACUCUAGAGCACGAUGAAAAUGGGCUCAAGCCGCGCGAUCUCAGCACAUUCCACCCACAGCCGCCCUCUCUUGAGGCCCUCCUCGAAAGAAUCGACGUCUUCGCCUACGCAGAGGGCAUCCUCCCUUUAGCGUCACAAGCAAUGUUGGAGAUGCUUGAUGCUGAAGAGUACUGGGAUAUGAGGUGGGCACGUUUAGGGCCUAGGAGCAAUAAGCACUACUCUCCAGAUCGUGAUGCUCUGGGGUGCACCCCCAUGCCCGAUGCUGUUCGUCAGAUUGUUUCUCAAGCAGCCGAGUGUAGCGAGAACAACCAUCCCGAGGUCAAUUGGAAUAUAUCUGUGCAUAGCCGGGUCCUUGACAUGGCUUUUGAGCCUUCAGGAAGUCGUCCUGGUCUUAUUGGCUCCAUGGGCAGCUCGACGGCGUCUAUAAUCAGCGAGUACCAUCGAUCAAUAUCACGCACGAAAAGGGUUGACUUUUGCAUCUACAUCGAUCCCAAGAAAGAUCCAUCUUAUGGUGAAGCCGAGUCCGAUCUAGAUGUUCUUUCCAAAAUUCUUCUCUGCGGGGUCAUCAAUCAUACCGAUUUCUUCCCUCUACGGAACCGUCCCAUCGCACUCAGCAUUGAGACUAAGAAACCCGGAGAUGCCUGGGACAAGGCGAAGCUGCAACUUGGCACUUGGGAUGCAGCACGAUGGGCUUUCCUCCGCCAUCUGGUGGAGACAUAUAAGGCCCACAAAGCACGGAUUCGCGACCAGAAUCCCUGUCCAAUGCAGAUGGAUAUUACAAAACUUCCAGACUUCCUACCGGGCAUCAUCAUCCAAGGACACGACUGGAAUCUUGUCAUCACAACUCAACAAGGAGGGAGGACGAUGCUCUGGCAACGAGUUCUUAUGGGAUCAACGCAGUCCACGAAGGGAGUAUAUCAGAUAAUUUGCUGUCUGCAGUUACUACGGCAGUGGGCCGAAGACUCCUUUUGGCCAUGGCUGAGGAAUUUACUUGUCGAAUUAAGCAGGCUAUCCCGAUCGGGUUAA